UGUCCACUUUCAUAUUGUAAAGAUAAAAAAUGUCCACUAAGAUAAAAAUAAUAAAUUUUGUCCACUUUAUGGUUGAAAUGACGAAAAUGCCCCUCAGCCUAAAAUAGGCCAUUUCAUCUCAUCUCCCUCUUUCACGGUUUCACUCACCCUCCCCCCCUCUCUCUCUCUCUCUCUCUCUUUCUUCGAGCUCAGAUCGCCGGCGAAGCGCCGCUGCCCCGGCCUCGUCGCCUCCGCCAUCUCCUGCUUCACCCCCCGCCGCGACUUUAGCCUCCGCCCGCCACCAAUUCCUUCGAAGCAGAGGAGGAUGAGUUCGGUGGCGCUUCGAGUUCCGCGGGGUUUUCCCCCUUCGCCGCCAGCGAUUCGGCGUCCUUGUUGCCGAUUUUCAAUUUUCCGGUCAUCUUCUACGCAGAUCUAGGGUUGAGCUUGAAGUGGAGGCACGGCGGUGGCACAAUUCAGAGGUGAGGAAUUGCUGGCGAAGCCUUUCUCUCUCUGAAAUCAAAUUCGAAUGGGGGGAAUAGCACAAUUCAGAGGUUGAGCAUGAAAGACAAUUCAGACGUCGACGCCGUGGGAGAGAGGGGCGGCGGCGUCGGAGACGGUGAUUGCGAUGGUUUGAAGCGGCGGAGAAGACGUGAGGUUGAGGAGUGGCGGGACGAGGGGGAGGUGGUGCUCGGAGAGGACGAGGCGGCGGUAGCGACGGACGGCGCGGAUGAGGUAACGGUGGCGGGGGCUGGAGAUGGUGAAUUUGGGGGAGAGGCGGAUUGCUUGUGGGUGGGGCCACAUGAUUUGAAUGUGAACGGGAAGAAGGAGUUUGAGCAGCAAAUGGAGGUGUUGGGCCGCCUACGCCACCCUAAUUUGAUCGGAUUGAAGGCUUACUAUUUCGCUAGGGAUGAGAAAUUGUUGGUUCAUGAAUUCAUGCCUAAUGGAAACUUGUUUUGGUUGCUUCAUGUUUGUUCAGUUUGGGCUCUGAAUUCUGAUUUUAUGAGCAUCUGGAAUAGGUUCCCGUAGGGAAAGCAGAAGCAGUGAAGAUGAGGACGAUGAUGAGGCUAACUCUGCCUUUGGCCAACUCUGGAAGCACAAGAGGAUUAGUGGGUGGAACUUUAACGAGGAAGGCUUGGAACCUGUUUUCCCAGCUGAUGAUGCGGCUGCCAAACAAGUUGUAAUUCAAGAGGAGGAUGAGAGCUAUGAUGAUGCAGGAGGCGGAGGAGGUGGCGGCGGCGGCGGUGGUGGUGCAACGGCAGUCUUGCGGAGAAUGCUGGUUUUGAAGGAUAGUGUGGAUGAUCAAAGACAGAGGGUGGGGCAGAUUAUUGCAUUCCUUGGAGGUGGGGAAGUGGUGGAGGCGACGAGGGAGGAACAGCUGAUGCAGGAGAUUGUGAAUCUGAGGAUGGAGUUGGAGAAUCAGAAGAAGAAAAGGUUUGAUUUGGAGAUGGAUGUGCAGUUCAUGAAGAUGCAGCUUUCCAAUCAAUAGAAGCUUGCUCUGCUAAUUAAACGUAUGACUCUUUUGCAAUCACUAGUGUAUCAAUUUUUCAUCAUUGCUUGAGAUUGAGUCUCUUUUGAA